UUCGGUCUAAAGAAGUUCCACAAAUUUUUGUUUGGUCGAAAAUUUUCCGUUUAUUCAGAUCACCAACCCCUGGUUGGAAUUUUCGGGCAUGGCAAGCCAAUCCCUACAAUGGCAGCAGCACGGAUACAGCGGUGGGCCUUAAUCCUUGCAGCGUAUGACUACCGAUGGGUCUACCGAAAGGCAAGCGAAAUCCAAAAUGCCGAUGCCCUUUCACGGCUACCGCUCCGAGACAAAGCAGAGGAGUCAGAGCGUGUUUAUUUCUUUUCGGUGCUAGACGAGGCUCCAUUGUCUGCAAGGGAAAUCAGAUCGGAAACGCGUAAAGAUCUAUUGCUGUCCAAAGUGUUGUUUUUUACGCAGAACGGGUGGCCUGCGCAUGUGUCGGACGACGAUCUUUCACCAUACUUCGUUCGCCGUAACGAACUGUCGGUAGACCAAGAGUGCGUAACAUGGGGCAAUCGCGUGGUUAUACCCACUUCGUUGCGACACAAGGUUCUAGAAAUGCUGCACGAAGGUCAUCCAGGGAUGACUCGAAUGAAAAUGCUGUCAAGGAGUCAUGUCUGGUGGCCUCGCUUAACGCUAGACAUAGAGCAAGCGGUGAAAGAGUGCAUCACUUGUCAGUUGUCACAGAAUGCGGCAGCUAGAGUACCACUAAUGUCAUGGGGCUGGCCAACGCGUAGAUGGCAGCGAGUUCAUCUAGAUUUUGCGCAAAGGGACCAGCAUUUCUUUUUGGUCUUAAUGGACGCUCAUUCGAAGUGGGUUGAGGUGUUUGUCAUGACAGCAACAACAAGCGAAAAGACGGUAGAGAAAUUGCGAGGUGUUUUUCCGGCCUACGGACUACCCGAGGAGAUCGUGACCGACAACGUGCCCCAAUUCACAUCGCAGCACUUCGGAACAUUCCUGAGCAGGAAUGGAAUUCGUCAUUCCAAAUCUCCUCCCUAUCACCCAGCUUCGAAUGGUAGCGCCGAACGGUGCGUUCAGACCGUCAAGAAGGACUUGUUUAAACAGAUACUAGACGAAGAAAGAAAAGGAGACAAGAAGUCCAUACAACAUCGCAUAGACCAAUUUCUCUUCAGUUAUCGCAACACCCCGUCCAGCACCACUGGUGAGACCCCGGCCCAGAUCUUCUUGUCGUGGCAGCCAAGAACCAGGCUGAGUCUGCUGCACCCUGAAAUGGAACAACGCAUGCGCGAAAGGGGAGAGCAGGCGAAGCUCCACGCAGACCAGAAACGAGGGCCAUGGAGAGACUUUAGGGAAGGCGAUCAGGUUUUGGUAAAAGGACUCCGCCCGGACGACUACAAAUGGCUGUUGGGUACAAGUGCUCAGCGGUGCAGCGCAUGCACGUACAUUGUUCGCGUCGGAGACGAGGACCGAUACGUUCACGCUGAUAACCUGCGACUACGUACAUUUCAGGAGAACCGGAGCUGGCUUAGGGCGGCGGGAAAAGUACUGGACGGGCCGAGAGUGGAAAACAAGGGUCCGCUCUCUAGCGACACUAGAGAGCCCACCUCGACCAGCACGCCUACUCGGCUCAACGAUCAGGACCCACCAGCAUCGAACUUGACGUCACCAGCAGUUGAAUCGGCAGGGCCUUCUACCGAGCCUUCUCCGGGCCUUCUACACGACAGCGGUCCGACGCUCGACAGUGGUCCCCAUAACGGCGACCCCUCGGGACAAUCAACACCGCAGCUUCGACGUUCUACCCGGUUGAGGCGACCGCCAGACCGGUACGUGCCGUGA